UGCAAGAUUUUUCCCGGCCAGGAGGUUCGAACACAAUGUAAAGAGAGGGAAAGACCUGAUCUUGACUUGAAUUUUACUUUCAUAUUUUUGGCUUCCACUUCUUUAUGGAUUUAUGGUGACUCAAAGAGCGGUAGACAGCGGGGUAGUGCGGGGUGGGGGUGGGGUGGGGAAGGGAGUAAUUUCCGUUCGUCACUCUUUCGUGUCCUGCUCCCCCACCCUCCGCCCCCCUCUAUAGUAACUGUUGAUUCCAGGGGGUGUUUUGCGUAUUGAAAAUCCCGGUAGCGGUGCGAGUGAUCAGUGAUCCUAAUCUGGAUCAUCUUGUAGAAACGUUCCCUAUAGUAUUUAUAUAUAGGAUUUACAGACUGCUCCGGGUACAAUUUGGAGAACUUCCCAUCACCAUUUUGAAAGAAAUGAGAAGAAAUUUGACACAAGCUUAAUCUGACGUUUUUUGAUCCCAUGGCAACCGGGGAUUCCCCUUCUCAUGUCCAAAUAUAGUUCCAGACUUUCUCGUCCACUUGGACAUGAUGAAGUAAACAAAAUGGCGACUGGGGGAGACGAGGACGCCGCUUAUUCCUCUUUUACCGACUCUUUCCCUUCCAGUUCGUCGUCAUUCUCAAGUAGGUCUGUUUCAGAAUCUUACAGCAGCUGUGGACUCACAAGUGGUUCUGAAGGUGACACGCAGUCGUUUGCAGACGAAGGAAUAUACGGCUGGAUCUGUUCUUUGAUAGAAAAAGGGAAAGUCGCUCGAUUUAUAAAUCGCCAAGUGGGAAUUUACGAGCUGGACUGGCAAGAUGUUGUCUGGAAAUACUGGUUUGAAUUUCGAGAUCCAAAACGUACCAAAAACGUCAAGUUUAAUCAUAGAACGGCGAGCAAUAAUUUAAGAGCUGCUCUGUUAAAUUCCUACAAAGACAAAGGUGCUGAAGAAUAUCCAGAAAAGAAGGUGUUGGAUAGAAGAAAUAAGACGAUCAAACGCAGCUUUAGAAUGCCGUCAACUGUGAUCGAGAAACUAUCAAAUUGCACGGGACCAGAUAAAACUGCUAGUACUAAAGUUGGUUUGAAGACCUCAGUGCACGUGGGAGGAGAGCCAUUUUCACCAGAUUUGCUCACAACAGAGCAACCUAAUGAAGGUGCAUUUUACAAGCUGUCGUAGAUCCACUGAUAUAUUUUUAUUAUUAAAUUACUGAAUAUGUUCACAUCUUUGACCUUGAAUUGCAUUCAUUUCAAAUUCUGAUGUACAUUAUAAGUAGCCCAUGCUAUUAUCCCCCUGCAUAUUGCAAAUAAAUUAAUUCAAUCACAUGUA